UCGAGUGCACCAUGAGCUCCGCCAACGAGAACCAACAACGCGGAGAGGAGACGGCUGCAGCCCGCAACGAGCCCCGCGCCCCUGAGCAUUUCGCCAAGUUCUUCGAGUGCUGGCUCGCCGAGCAAGAACGCGACCUGCAAGUCCUCCGUACCGCAGCCGCUUCCGCCGGCGAGGAGCUCCGGCUUCGACCCCUCGUUGACCGGGUCCUCGGCCACUACGAGUACUACUACUGCGCCAAGGCCGCCUCCGUCCGCCGCGACGUGCUCCCCAUGUUCAACCCCACGUGGACGUCCUCCACGGAGAACCUCUUCCUUUGGGCCGGCGGCUGGCGGCCCACCAUGGCUUUCCACCUCCUCUACUCCAAGUCCGGCCUCCAGUUCGAGCCCCGGCUUCUCGAGCUGAUCGUCGGCAACCCCACGCGCGACCUGGCCGACCUGAGCCCCGACCAGCUGGAGCGCAUCGAUGGGCUCCACCGGCUGACGGUGCGGCUGGAGAAGGAGAUAUAUGAAGAGGAGGCGCAGGUGCAGGAGUCGGUGGCGGACGCACGGAUGGUGGAGCUGACGCAUGCGUUGGCGGAGUCAGAGGAGGUAGAAGCUGAUGCCAUGGAGCAGGAGAUGAAGAGGAAACGGGACAGGAUGAACGAGGUGUUGCAGAGGGCGGAUCAGCUGAGGCUGGAGACGCUGAAGGGGCUGGUGGAGAUACUGAAGCCGGUGCAGGCGGUGCAUUUCUUGAUCGCGGCUGCGGAGCUUCACCUCAAAGUGCACGAGUUUGGGAAGAGCAAGGACGCUGCCGCUGCCGCUGCCGCUACUGGCCGACCAGAGUAAGGCAGGUGUUUAACUGCAUCUUGUAUCUGUUAUUGGGAUGGUCUGU